UUUCAUUAAAAAAAAAAAAACCUCAAACACAACCAAUCUCUCUCUCUCUCUCUCUCUCUCUCUCUGUAUUUAUCACCAUUUACAGAUCUCUACCCUCCUCUUUCUCUCUCUCUCUCUCCCUUCAUCCAAAACAGAACAACAAAACCCUAAACACAAAUUCAAACACUUUCAAAACAACGUUGCACACAAUGCUUCAACAAAGCUAGCUCCUUUAUCCCCUCACUAAACACCCCUUAACAUCCUCUCAAUUACCAAAAAACCCACAUGGGUGGUUGCACCUCUAAACCCCCCACUGGAUCCACUCUUUCCGCCCACCAUGACGUCACCAUUCCGGCCCAAGACGACAACAACAACAACAAUAAUAAUAUAGACCAAACGACGUCGGACAAUUUCCACAACCCAACAAAGUCUCCAUUCUUUCCGUUUUACAGUCCGAGUCCUGGCCGGAACUGGUUUUCAAAAAAGUCAUCUCCGGCGAAGUCUCCGGCGCCGAGCUCGACGCCGGGGAGGUUUUUCCGGCGGCCGUCUCCGGCGAAGCACAUUAAGGCGGUGUUGGCUCGGCGGCACGGCUCGGUGAAGCCGAACGAGGCGGGGAUACCCGAGGGGAAUGCGGUUGAAGGGGCGGCCGGUUUGGAUAAGAAUUUCGGGUUUUCGAAGCGGUUCGGGAGCAAAUUUGAGGUUGGGGAAGAAGUGGGGAGAGGCCAUUUUGGGUAUACUUGUAAAGCUAAGUUUAAGAAAGGGGAAUUGAGAGGUCAAGAUGUUGCAGUCAAAGUUAUUCCAAAGUCAAAGAUGACAACAGCUAUUGCUAUUGAGGAUGUGAGAAGGGAGGUUAAGAUAUUGCGCGCUUUGACUGGACAUAACAACUUAGUGAAGUUCUAUGAUGCAUAUGAAGAUCAUGAGAAAGUCUAUGUUGUGAUGGAGUUAUGCGAAGGCGGGGAGCUCUUAGAUAGAAUACUUGCAAGAGGCGGGAAAUACUCGGAAGAUGACGCUAGAGCCGUAUUGAUACAAAUCUUGAAUGUUGUCGCGUUUUGUCAUCUUCAAGGUGUGGUUCACCGCGACUUGAAACCAGAGAAUUUCUUGUUUACAUCUAAGGAUGAAAACUCACCGCUUAAGGCCAUAGAUUUUGGUUUGUCAGACUUCGUGAAGCCUGGUAUAAUCUCUCUACAUAUACAUAAUUACAUACACAUUUGUGUGUAUAUAUAUGUAUAUUGUUUGUCUGAUAUUAUGUAUCGAUGGUUUUCAGAUGAAAGGCUUAAUGAUAUUGUGGGAAGUGCGUACUACGUGGCACCCGAGGUUCUACAUAGAUCAUACAGUACCGAGGCAGAUGUAUGGAGUAUUGGUGUUAUAGCGUAUAUCCUUCUGUGCGGCAGCCGUCCUUUUUGGGCUCGAUCUGAAUCCGGGAUUUUUCGUGCUGUUUUAAAAGCAAAUCCAAGUUUCGAUGAAGUACCCUGGCCCACAUUAUCUCCCGAGGCCAAAGAUUUUGUCAAACGUUUAUUAAACAAGGAUCCUAGGAAAAGAUUGACGGCUGCGCAAGCUCUCUGUCACCCGUGGAUUAGAAAUAGUGGCAGUGAAGUGAAAGUGCCUCUUGAUAUUUCGAUGUUGAGACUCAUGAAGGCUUAUAUGCGUUCUUCUGCUCUUCGUAAAGCUGCUUUACGGGCUUUAUCGAAGACGUUGACUGUAGACGAGUUGUUCUAUUUAAAAGAGCAGUUUUCUCUGUUGGAACCGAACAAAAACGGGUCUAUAAGCAUGGAAAAUAUCAAAGCAGCCUUGAUGAAACAUGCUACGGAUGCCAUGAAGGAAUCGCGAGUCCAUGAUUUCCUAGCAUCGCUUAGCGCUCUUCAAUACCGACGGAUGGAUUUUGAGGAAUUUUGUGCAGCUGCCAUAAACAUCUAUCAGCUCGAGGCUCUUGAUAGAUGGGAACAACACGCUCGUUGUGCCUACGAACUCUUUGAAAAAGAUGGAAACCGAGCCAUCAUGAUUGAAGAACUCGCAUCAGAACUGGGUCUUAGCCCAUCGGUCCCUGUUCACGCGGUCCUUCAUGACUGGAUCAGACACACGGACGGAAAGCUCAGUUUCCUUGGAUUUGUGAAACUGUUGCAUGGUGUCUCGAGUCGGGCCCUUGCUAAUAAUAAUAAUAAACCUCAAUAACAUUUGUUUAUGGGGUGACAUCAUGGUGUAAAGAUAGGUGAGUUGAGUUUGUGUUUGGAUUUGCUGCAGUUAAAGGUGGAAAUUGUUUGUUGUCAAUACUAACAUGUAUUUUGUUGAUUUAAAAGAUGUACACUGCUUCCGGAAAUGUUGAAUCAUGAUUAUUGAUUGAACUUUAACUUGUA